CAUAGCUAUACUAAACAAAAGAAAGAAUUGUUCUGAUUUUAGAGUUCAUUAUCGAUAUUUCAUAAAACUUCUUAAAAACUAUACUUUUUUACUUUAUUAAAAAAAUGGAAAAUUUAAAAGAUAUUAAAAAUUUAUUGUAUAUAUGGGGACCUGAUUCCUCACAAGAUCUAGAAAAAGCUGUUAAUGAGUGGAAAAAUUUAAUUACUGGCGAUAUUUUAGUGGAAAACAUCGAAAGAUUAUUAUUUACUUCGCAUUCCAAUUCAAAUUUUGAUUUCAUCAUCUUAAAUACUGCUAAUUUUAAAGAGGAAGAUUUGGUUAAAAUAUUAAAACUUCUAAAACUUUCUGGAAUAUUGCGCAUAGAAAAAUAUAAUGGUGCGUCUGAUGGAUUACUUUCCGAAUUAAAAUUAUCAGGUUUUGUGAAAGAAAGAAUGGAUGGAACAAUAGUUUAUUGCGAAAAACCUAAAUAUGAAAUUGGAUCAUCUGUGAAAUUAUCAUUUGCUAAUAAAAACAAUGCGACAGAUAAAGACAAAAUAGCGGCUGUGUGGAAAGUAAAUGCUGAUGACAAUGAAGAGACUAUUGAUCCAGACUCAUUAUUAGAUGAAGAAGAUUUGAAAAAACCUAACCCUGAGUCUUUAAAAGUGUGCGGAACAACGGGUAAAAGAAAAGCAUGCAAAAAUUGUGUCUGUGGUUUAGCUGAAGAGUUGGAUGCAGAAGCAAGACAAAAAGCUGCUGAAAAUACACAAAACGCAAAAUCGAGUUGUGGAAGCUGUUAUCUUGGCGAUGCUUUUCGAUGUUCAUCAUGUCCAUAUUUGGGUAUGCCGGCCUUCAAACCAGGAGAACAAGUAAAAUUAUCAGAUAAUUUUAUGAAAGCUGAUAUAUAAAACUAAACUGCACAAACACGAUUCAAUUCAAUUGUUAUUGGGCCUAUUUAUGUGGUUUUUUUUUACUAAUACAAAACUUAAAUAGUAUUGAUAAAUAAAUUAUUUUAAAGUUCUUAA